AAAUGAUAAUUGAAAGCAACUGCGCACGCUGCGCACGUUCACUCUUUUAAUCUGACGGUCAGUAUCAGUGAGCGCAGUAUUUAGUGCGCAUCUCAUCGCUGAAAAAUAAUUCAUUGUUUCUCAUUCAUUGUUCUAGCUCUCGGCAGCGGCAGAUUGGAAAUAUAGCCGCUCAGUGCGCACCUCAAACAGAUGCCGUCAAAGGAAGUCAUUUUAACUGUUGAAACUGUGACAGGGAGCGAGUGGACUUUGUGAGAAGUAAUCUCUCAAGUGAUCACCAGACUGAUAAAAUGAAAGGUUGCUUCAGGUGCUGCUAUGUGCCCUGAAAAUGUCAAUUCUAAAUAUUAAAAUCCGAUUUCGGUGUCAUAUUCCAGAAGCGAUUAUUCCAAUCAAUCAAAAUUGUCAUGAAUAUUUUGGAAAUUUUCUUUUUUACAAUAAUGUGUCACGACUUAUAAUAUAUUUAAACAGCAGAAAAUCUUCACGGUGAAAACAAAGAUGGAAAUAAUUGUUUUUGUAAUCUGUCACGCUUUUACCAUAAUCAUUGUUUUUAAGGAAUAAGUGGUUCUUUUUUCUAGCCUUUCGACCCAAACCAAGAUGCUCUCUAACGCCUUUUAGGUGAAAAUAUGUUAAUAAUAAACUGGUGCUUUUCGCGCUGCCAAUAAUUAGCUUUCCUCGCUAAAAUGAAUUCAGCCUUUUUUGUCUCUAGUGUGAAACAAUUUGCAGAAUUUAGCUGGGAAUCUGCCGAGUGCUAUAAUCUUUUUUAUUGCCAAAGUUAUUAUCAAGUCUCUUAUUGCGUGUGUGACAUGUGCCUGUGGAGCGAGUCGUUGGAAAUUAUGCUGCCGCGAGGGCAUUAAUUUUCAAAAGCAGGAUUGCGCCAGGUCGACUUCUUUUUCGGGCUCAUCUCACGCGUGAGAUAAUUUCGCCUGCGCGCCAGCAGCAGCAGCACCCACGAUUUGCUUAAUUGCACACACGCGGUAUAUUCAGUCUCUCUGCAGCAGUGCGUGUGUGUGUUUCACCUUUGGCGGCGCGGCAUCGGUCUCGCGGGUCUCAGUUCGUUUUGUGCAGGUCAUGCAGCCGGGCAUGGGCGCCUCCGUGCGGCCGCCACCGCUGCUGCUGCUUAUUUUGCUCGCCCUCGUGCCUCUGAGGGUGGUUGCCAGGGUGGACAUUGUGCCUGCGUUGUUGGUGCACGAGGAGCAUUUGCCGCCCAUCAGCCACGAGCCGACGUACACGGUCUCGCGAUUCGUCAAUGAGCUGCUCCAGAUGCAAGGCGACGAAAUCUACGGCGGCCGGAACCGACUUGCGGGCACCUUCGGCAGGUACGCUGCCAACAGCGUGCAGGAGAAGUCGGCAAAGCUAGUUGAGGAAAAAUCAGCAAAGCUGACGACACAGUACAAGGAGCCUGUAGUGGAUGGCAAGAAUUUCGGCUCGUACAAUAUCAAGCGGAAGCCGAAGGACCCCAUUCCGACGCCGUUCACCAACGUGCGCAUUAACAACAGCUUCCGCCAGCUGCGCCUCCUAUUCCCCAGCCACACGCAGGCCAUCUUCAAAUCCGGGCCCAGGGCGGAGAGUCUGGUUGCCCAGCCGUCCAGCACCGCGAGCAGCAGGAAGAACCAGGAGCAAUCAACCAGUGCCUUUGUCACUACCACAAACGCCCCCAUCACGAUGACAACCACCGCUACUUUGAAGGCAACUACUUCAGAGAGGAAUGCCGCUUCCGCGGAGGAGGAGAGCUCGAGACCAACUGAACCAGCCAAACUGACUGUCGAAAGUCUACUUGCGGAAUUUUUCAGCCGACCAGCCUCGCCGGCUGCUUCAUCUUUCCGACUUCCUUCGGCGAAUUCAGUCGUUGCCGACCCGACGACGACGUCCACCACCUCCGCUCCAACGUUUUCUAGCACAACCCCGGUGGAGAUGACGACAGUCGACGUCGUGGAUUUGAUUAGAAAAGAGCUGAAGGCGCUGAAGCCGUCGCCGCGUCCUUUCGGCCUGAGAAAGGCCUCUAAGAAGAGCAGCUCGGAAAAAGCCAGUUUUGUCAAGUGAUAUAAUUUAUACUUUAACGUUUUAUGUAAAUAGAAAAAUGUAUCUGCCAAAUACAUGUGUACUCAGUUGGCUUUAAGAGCCUUAGAUUAAUAUUGGAAAUUUUAGAAUGUAUUGCAAAAUCUGAAUGUCAUACACCAUAAACACACUCUAUUGGGUUAAAUUUAUUUUUGAGAAAACAAACUGUUCUUCGCAAAGUUUAUUGGCAAAAUUUCUAGAGUGCAGACAGUAAUUUAAAUAGAUAUAACCGCUAAAACAUUGAUUUUUCUCUUACGUAAUAUAAAUACCAUAUUAUGAAAGAAACGGACUCCAUAGUAUGGAACAACGAACAACCAACCUCGAGUGUUGACUUCUUAAGUUAUAUGGUAUACUGCGCCAGUGAAAAUAAUUUUAACCAUUUAAACACAAAUUUUCCGACCUCUAAAACGUCUAAAACUGCAUUUUGUGUAUGUAAGAACUAAGAACAUUCAAAACCUAAAACUGCAUAGUGAAAAGGCAAAUUUAAAAAUGAAAACGUAACACGCACGUUCUAAGCUUUGCCAGAAUAUUUGCUCCCGCGAACUGGAUAAGAAAAUAUUAUGAAAAAAACCUCUCGGUCUAAGAACCUUUUAACGUAAAAAAUUCGAGCCUUAUGACAGGACGCGACAGCUUAUGUAUAACAGGUGUGCUUCUUGAGAAGGUUUUUUAUGGACUGAUGUUAAAAUAUUGUGCUCUGAACAAAUAAUAUAUUAUUGUUGGUGUAUUCAAGAACACAAUUUUCAGUAUAGAAAAAAUAUUUUUUAAUUUAACCUCCGGGUUAUUGUUAUGCAAAUGUGAAAAUAUCAAUAAAAAGCGACUUUUUGCCGAUAAUAUAAUUUUUGUGUUCUUAUAAACUGUAAAUAUAUAUCAUAUUAAUUAUUAAAAGGGACGUCUGAGAAGUGUUUUUUUCCUAUAAUGUUUGUCUCGAGU